AUGUCACAUAAUCAAAAUAAUCAUUCAUCAGUUUUAAUAAAGCAUGUAAAAAAGAAAGUUAAACAAGAUGGUGAACAACAUCAAAUUCUUAAUUCUCGUCAUUCAUAUCGACAAAUAAGUCCAACAACAUUAGAACCUCGUCGUGAUUUACCAUUACAUAAAAUUCCUGAACUUCUUGCUAAAAUAACUGGAACAUUAUCAUCUACACUUUCAUCAUCCGAUACAAAACAAUCAUCUUCAUCAAUUGAUCGUCGUGAACAAUUAUUUAAACAUUAUUCAGAUAAUAAUCAAUUAAUGUCUAUUGAUGGUAUUCUUCGUUUUUGUAAUGAUCUUUCUAUCGAGCCGGAUUCAUAUGAACUUCUUCUAUUCUGUUUUCUCUGUCAAGCAAAACAAAUGUAUUCAUUAAUAAAAAAUGAAUUUCUUCUUGGUUUAAAAACUCUUGGAAAUCAUAUUGAUAAUUUACUUGAUCUUCGAACAUCAUUAUUGAAUUAUAAUAUUUUACCUUAUGAAAAAGAAUUUUAUAUAUGGACAUAUCAUUAUGGUUUAGUUGAUGGACAACAUCGUUUAACAAAACAAAAUGCUAUAAGUUUAUGGCGUUUAUUUUAUUCAAAAAAUAUUGAAAAACCUAAAAUACUUGAUCCAUGGUUAAAUUAUUUAGAAGAUGAUAUAAAUAAUGAAAUUCCUAAAAUAAUUACAUAUGAUACAUGGAGAAUAUUUCCUCAAUUUGCAGAAUUCAUUCAAUUAAAUGGUUAUCAAUCAUAUGAUGAUAAUGAAGCUUGGCCUUGUUUAUUCGAUGGUUUUGUUGAAUAUUAUCAAAAGACAAUAUCAUUAUCUAUAUAA